AUGACUUUGGAUGAGUCUGUGUACCAUAACAUGCAUCAAGACAUGCGCCUCGACGUCGAUACCAUGUCAUAUGAGGUUAGAUGGUCAAACCCAGUCAUUUCUAGCUCCUCCUUGUCCAGGAUGCAUGUAGUCAACUCCUCGUGGGAAAUUUUUAUUCGUUCUUGGCAGGAGCUGUUGGGACUGGAGGAGCAGAUUGGGAAUGUGAGCGCGGGGCUGACUGAGGACACUGUGCGGAAGAACUUGAAGCGAAGGAAAUACCCAUCUUCUGCAGCCUACAUGACAGAAUCAUGCUGUAUCUGCCAGGUAAAUUACCAAGAGACCAUCUUGCUAUCCAUGUAUCUGGCAAUUUUGUCGGGUAUUUACUACUUCCUUUAUGCAUGGCAGGAAGAUUAUGCCAAUGGUGAUGAUCUGGGGGUGUUGACUUGUGGGCAUGACUUCCAUGCUUCUUGUGUUGGAAGAUGGCUGGUUCUGAAGAACGUCUGCCCAAUCUGUAAGAAGACAGGUUUGUCUACCUAA